AUGGACAGAAUCCAUUUUAAAGUAAAUAGUGUUGAACAUACCGUCGGCAGCGAGUUGAGUGCCGAUGUGACAUUGCUAGAGUAUCUCAGGAGAUGGCUGGAACUUCGCGGCACCAAGUACAUGUGUCUGGAGGCCGGUUGCGGCGCCUGCAUCGUGAGCGUCGUCAAAAACCCCGGUGGACCUGUGGAAGGCGUCAAUGCGUGUAUGGUGCUGAUAACGUCAUGUCACGGCUGGGAGAUCACAACCAUAGAAAAGGUGGGCAACAAGCUGCAGGGUUACCAUCCACUGCAGAGGUGCCUUUACGAAAAUAAUGGUUCCCAGUGCGGCUACUGCAGCCCUGGCUGGGUCAUGGCCAUGUACAGCCUGAUUAAGAAAAAUAAGAAGAUGACGAUGCUCGAAAUAGAAAAGUCACUGGCCAGUAAUAUAUGUAGAUGUACUGGAUACCGGCCCAUUUUGGAAGCGUUCAAAAAGUUUGCUUCCGACUCCCCGGACCCUUGCCUCAUUGCAGACAUUGAGGACCUUAGUAUAUGCAGCAAAACAGGGGAAGCUUGUUCCCAAACAUGCGAAGAUUAUGAUUGGUGUGUAGUCAACAAGGAAGACGUGAAACAUCCCACUUUAUUACAUAUCAAACUCAGCGAUAACCGAGAUUGGUACAAAGUAGAAGAUACAGGAGAUAUUUUUAAAAUUUUCACAUUGCAUCCAUCACAAACGUAUAUGCUUAUAGGCGGGAAUACGGCUAAAGGCGUUUAUCCAAUACUGGAGUACCCCCGAGUGCUGAUAGACAUAUCAAGCGUCGCAGAACUAAAAGGGUACUACUUGCAGCAGAACUUAGUCGUGGGAGCUGGAAACACGCUUACGGAGCUCGAUGAAAUCUUCCUGAAAAUGUCUCAGCACGAGGACUUUCGCUACCUUACGGUGCUGCGAGAGCAUCUCAAGCUUAUCGCGCAUAUACCCGUCAAAAACAUUGGAACAAUAGCAGGCAAUUUAAUGAUCAAAAACCGACAUAAUGAAUUCAACUCUGAUAUUUUCCUGUUAUUAAAUACAAUUGGUGCUUCAGUUGGUAUUCUACAAAAACCCGGCGACGUAGUCAGGAGGAGAAUGAAGGAAUUUUUAAGCGUUGAUAUGAACGGAAAAGUAUUGUUCAAUAUUUUCCUACCUCCACUUAAUGAUGAACUCGUAAAGGUCGUGACGUUUAAGGUCAUGCCCCGAUCGCAGAACGCUCACGCAAUAGUCCACGCCGGCUACCUUUACGAAUUGACCCAUCAAAAUAGAGUGCUCACUUGUCGGAUAGCUUAUGGAGGACUUUCUGUACAAUUUAAUAGAGCUUAUGAUACAGAAAAUAACCUAAAAGGACGGAAGUUGUUCGACAAUGACACUUUGCAGUCUGCUCUUCGUGUUCUGAGUCAGGAAAUGGUAGGCGAAGAGGACCCACCUGACAUGCCGCUUGAAUAUAGGCGAAAACUUGCAUUGGGAUUAUUUUAUAAGGGUCUCCUUUCCCUAUGUCCUCAAGACAUUUUAGCUCCCCGAUAUAGAUCAGGCAGGAUAAAAAUUCGAGACGAGAGGUCACUAUCCAAGGGAACGCAGGUGUUUGAGAGUGAUCCUUCUAUAUGGCCACUUAAUAAGCCCUCACCAAAGUUUGAUGGGCUGAUCCAAUGCGCCGGUGAAGCCUCCUACUCUGAAGACGUUCCGUCUCUGCCUCAAGAAGUGUUCGCUUCGUUUGUGCUUUCCACUGUCGCUCUUGGCACUAUUGAACAUAUUGACGCCUCUGAAGCAAUGAAAGAACCCGGUGUUAUCGCAUUUUAUACUGCAGCAGACAUACCAGGCAAAAAUAGUUUUACACCAGCUAAUACUCUCUUCUAUACAGCAGACGAAGAACUUCUUUGUGAAAAAGAAAUAAAAUAUUUCAACCAAGCGCUUGCGAUAAUCGUAGCUAAAACACAGAAUAUAGCAAACAAAGCAUCGUUAUUGGUUAAAGUAACUUACUCAAAUGUAAGAGCGCCUGUGCUGGAUAUAAAAUUAGCUAAAAGAGACCCAAAUAGAAUUAAACUAUAUAAAUCAUCAAAAGCUACUAAAAUAGGAAACGAUAUAGCUAAGGUCAUAAAAGGUGACAUGUCAAUAUAUUGGCAAUAUCACUUUUGCAUGGAGACUUUAACCUGUGUGUCACAUCCCAUAGAGGAAGGAAUCAAGUUAUAUUCAACGUCGCAGUGGAUUGACGGGGUGCAGCGCAUGGUUGAAAGAGCAUUGAACAUGAAACAAAACCAGAUAGAUGUAUAUUUACGACGUAUAGGAGGGGCUUACGGUAUAAAGAUAUCGAGGGCGAUACAAGUCGCAGUAGCAUGUGCACUUGUGACGUGCAAACUAAACAGACCCUGUAGAUUAAUUCAAUCACUGCGAAACAAUAUGAGACAUGUCGGAAAGAGAAUGCCUGCUUCGAUAGAUUUUGAGAUUGCGGUCAAUAGUGAAGGUGUAAUACAGCACAACCAGUACCAACUGUUUGAAGACAAUGGCUACAUAAUUAAUGAGACUUUGUCGAUGCUCGGUUUUGAACUCCUCAACAACUGCUACGACAAGGAGUCUUGGGACAUGAAAUUGUAUGACGCCAUCACUGACACGCCCUCCAACACAUGGUGCAGGGCGCCAGGUACUUUGGAAGCAGUAUCUAUGGCCGAGUGGAUUUUCGAAAGAAUUGCAUAUGAAAUGAAUUUAGACCCUCUAAAUGUGCGCCUUGCAAACGUAGAUAAGGUGACGCAUGGUGAAAUAUUAGAACUAGUUAACACGCUUCAAAACAAUUCUCAGUAUAAAGAACGUAGAACAGAUGUUAAUAAGUAUAACCGUGAAAAUAGAUGGAAGAAGAGAGGGCUAAGACAUUCAUUUUUGAGGUGGGAGCCGAUUGGCUCUAUAUACCUGAAUGUAACUGUUACCGUGUACGUAGAUGAUGGAUCCGUAGUGGUGACUCAUGGUGGUGUAGAAAUGGGUCAAGGAAUAAACACUAAAGCAGCACAAGUUUGUGCAUUUUAUCUCAAUAUACCCGUUGAAAAAGUACAAAUCAAACCCAAUGAUACUACUAUAACACCGAAUUGCUUUAUAUCAGGGGGCAGCUUGGCGUCUGAAUUUGUUUGCAUAGGUGUAGUCAAAUGUUGCCGAGAAAUAAAUAAAAACCUAGAACCAAUAAGAAACAAAAUGGCUGAUGCGACGUGGGAGGAAAUUAUCAAAGCUGCCGCUCAAGCUGAAGUAGAUUUGACAUCUCAUUGUACGACAGGGAUGGUAGACAAACGGGAGUAUAAAAUAUAUGGUGUAACGCUCGCGGAGGUGGAAAUAGAUGUUUUGACAGGAGAGUGGAAUAUAAUAAGAGUGGAUUUGAUAGAAGAUGUCGGUCGCAGCAUAAAUCCUGAAAUUGAUGUUGGCCAGGUGGAGGGUGGUUUCAUCAUGGGAUGCGGUUACUGGACCACCGAAGAGCUGAUUCUCUCUCCGGCCGGGGAGACGUUGACGGACCGUACCUGGCAAUAUUGGGUGCCUCAGGCUCGCGACAUUCCGCAAGACUUCCGUAUAUAUUUCAGGAAAAAAUCUUUUAGCAACGACUACAUAUUAGGAGCUAAAGCGACUGGUGAGCCGCCUAUUUGUAUGGCUGUGGUGAUCCCGAUAACAAUGAGAGAAGCCAUCGUCGAAGCCAGAAAGGAGUCUGGUCUACCAACCAACAAGUGGUUUUCUAUUGAUGGCCCCUACACUAUUGCUAAAAUCUGUUUGGCAUGCGCUACUAAUAUUGAAGAUUUUAAAUUCUAUUAA